AUGGGGCGAAGGAAAGGUGUCAAAACUAAACAACGUUCUAAGAUGAAGGAAUUUGCCAAGCUUAAGGAAAAACAAAGGUCACUUCAAUCGGCAGGUAGCAGACAUGAAGUAAGUAUGACCGCGACACCGAGCCGGAAUUCUGAUAAGCAGAGUGAAAAUGAAUAUACUCCCAUCUUGAGUUGUUCUCCAAAGGAAGUUAUUAAUAAUACGCCAACAGCUUCAAAACCCAUUGAAGAUUUUUCGAGCCCACAAUGUGCAGGAUCAGCAAAAUCGACCGCUACUAUAGAUAGCGGGGGUACUUACAUUUCGAUUGUGAAAUCCUGUAGUGCAUUUGAUAAUUAUAGUGCUCUUGAGGAGCAACGGCUUACACGUAUGGCCACCAAGCCAAACGUUUUUGCUGUCAUGUAUGGUGUAUUCGUUUUUGCAACAGAUAGUACGCUUCUAAUCUCAUCGAUCAACCACAUGGCUUCAAAUUUGGAGGCUCCUACUUACGUGUCUCUUAUCGCUAUUAUUUCCUUGCUUCCUUGCGUGAUAUUUCAGCCAUUUUAUAACAAAAUUAUAGAAAACCAUACCCGGAGAGUAAUGAUGUUGUUUGCCACUACUUUAUAUUGGAUAGGGUGCUCAUUGGCUGGAUUCGCUCCUACUGUGUUUAUAUUACUACUUGGGAGAUUCCUUGCAGGGGUUGGUAUAGGCGGGCUAUUAACCAUAGAAGUACAACAUACAGCUUUAGCGACUACAGUUUCAACAAUUGGUGCCAUUUACGCUACUUUACUUCUUACAUGUUUUAAAAGCAGCUGGAACUUCGCCUUUUUGACGAAUGCCUCUUUACUCCUCAUAAUAACGGUGCUCCUCUCGAUAAAUUCUCGUCAACAAAAUAUGAAAGUUCGCCAUACUCCGGAAACUGCUCCGCUUACCCAUGUUACAGCAAACGUUUUGCUAUGUAUGACUAUAGCUCCUACAAUUUUAUACACGUCAGUGUAUCUUUCCUCAAUUUUGCAUUACACUCCCUAUGACAUUAGCUUGCGGAUUCUCCCCUGCUUUAUUUCCGUUGUUAUAGCUAUCUAUCUCCGAAACCAAGGCAUCUCAGGUAAAGCUACAGCAACGCUUUGUGCCGCUGCGGGAACUGUAGGUCAAAUACAGCUGCUAUACAUUUCUCCCAACAUAGCCCACUGGCGUGUCUUUACACUUUACAUGUUACCGGCAUUUUCCACGGUGUUACUACUGCCACCGUGUGGCAUUGUGUCAAGAGCUCUUGGUUCCAUAAUUGGCCUUAUUUUAUCAGGGGCCAUAUACACUUUUACACUUUCUAAAUCAACAUAUCCUGAUGGAACUGUUUCCCAACAAUUGCAAUAUUCAAGCGACAUUCUAUCACAGAUUAUAAAAAGUAUUCAGCGGUCAUUUGUAUGGACACAGGCUUCUCAAGAAAUUGUAAACCUUACGAUGUAUAAUUACAACACUGCCUGUCAAAACGUUUUCAUUUUUACUUCCAUUUGCGCCCUUGUAUGUUUCACGGUUAUUCCAUUAUUUAUGAUGAGGACGCCAGCGCCCAGGUAA